AUGCACGACUUGAGCUCAGCUUUAGCUGGGAAGUCGAUCUUUCGCAACAUCGACCUACUACGCGCCUACCAUCAGUUAGCGGUAGCGUCAGACGACGCACCUAAAACAGGGGUCAUUACACCGUUUGGGCUAUUCGAGUACCUCAGAAUGCCGUUUGGCCUCAAUAACGCUGCCCCAACGUUUAGGCGUUUCAUUCAUGUGGUGACACUGGGACUCGAAAGCAUUUAUCCAUAUUUGGAUGACAUUCUUAUCGCCAGUUCCUCUGACGAUGAACAUCUCCGUCGCGUUGAAGCGCUUUUCCAGCGAUUGACCCAACCUGUUGUUAUCGUCAACUUCGACAAAUGCAAACUUAGCCAAAGCUCCAUCGACUUUCCUCGCCACAAAGUAUCUUCUGCUGGUAUUGAAGCUCUACAAGACAGAAUCCAGGCACUGAAGGACUAUCCCGCUCUUAUCUCCUUCAAACAACUUCACCGAUUCAUUGGCCUAGUUAACUGUUACAGAGAUUUCAUUCCUAACUGCGCGAGCAUUAUGCUACCUAUGACGGACUUGCUCCGUGGCAAUCAACGCUGUUUUCAUUUUCCAGACGACGAUAAACUGGCUUUUGAGAAGCUCAAAAACGCUAUCUUUAACAUAGCGCUUCUCGCUCAUCCAGACCCAGCAGCACUUCUUUCUCUGAAGACUGAGACAUUAGACACCACCGUCGGUGCAUUUCUCCAACAACUCAUCGGCCACCGAUGGAUACCUUUAGGUAUCUUUUCCAAACGUCUGAACCUCCCGAAUCGUGUUACAGCACCUUCGGUAGGGAACUACGAACGAUCUAUCUAG